CUUCAUUCAGUCUUCGGCGGCUGGUCUCAUGAUAAAGGCCCCCAGUUCGUGUGCGGUUCCUUUGAUCUUUUUCCGAUCCCGACUUGCUGCUGCUGUUGCUGCUCAUUUUUUUUUUGUGAAACCUUUCUUUUGAAGGACCAUGUCGGCCGAUCGUUCUUCAUUUCUCUUAUUUGAUGGUCCCUUUGGGGAUUAAAACCAUGUCGAACACUACGUUUAAUGUGUUUUUUAUUGUGUAAUUAACUUUGGAUUGUCGUUAGAUUGAGGUGUCGUGUGGGGUGAUUUUUCUGUGUGGUUUUUAUCUAUGGAUUAAGUAUUUAAAUUUGGAAAAAUGCGUUUUACGGACAAGCUCCGCAAAACAGCAUGCGCACUGCUCCAGUUCGUAGUAAUAAGCUUUUUCCUCUACAUCCAUCAGUCACAAGGAGCAAGAAGGCCACUGGUCAAUGGAACUUGGAUACGUAUGGGUAUGAUAAUCGACGAAAUGAUGCAAAGCGACCAAGGCCCUCCAUCUUGUAAAGCUCUGCCAGGCUUAAGCCCUGGCCAAAGCCGGCUUUGCCAGCUUUACAUCGACCAUAUGAACGCUGUAGCUUUGGGAGCAAAACAGUCUCUAACCGAAUGCAAACACCAAUUCCAUAAUAGACGGUGGAACUGCUCCGUUUUAGAUGACGUUAAUGUCUUCGGACCCAUGUAUACUAUAGCUAGUAGAGAAAUCGCUUUCGCGCAUGCACUAGCGGCUGCUGGUGUCUCACAUUCAAUAUCACGAGCCUGUAAAGAUGGUCAAUUGUCGUCUUGCGGAUGUUCCAGGAUGGAACGACCAAAAGACUUGAAGAAGGAAUGGGUAUGGGGUGGAUGUGGUGAUAAUUUGGAAUAUGGAUAUAAAUUCACGCAGAAUUUUGUCGAUGUUCGGGAAAAGGAAAGGAAAUAUAAAAGAGGAACGCGAGAGCAGGGCAGGGCUUUGAUGAAUUUGCAUAAUAAUGAGGCUGGAAGAAGGGCGGUAAUCAAGAAAUCCAAAGUCACAUGUAAAUGCCACGGUGUGUCUGGAUCGUGCUCUCUGAUCACGUGCUGGCAACAACUUGCCAGUUUUCGGGAAAUAGGUGACUACCUUCUAGACAAAUACGACGGUGCCACCGAAGUCCGCGUGAAUCGUAGAGGGCGUCUGCAGCUGAAAGACCCAAAAAUCACCAUACCGACAGCUUACGAUCUGGUCUACCUGGAAGAUUCUCCAGAUUACUGCGUCAAAAAUGAGGUGACGGGUUCCCUAGGGACUCAGGGUCGACCAUGUAACCGAACCAGCUAUGACGUGGAUGGUUGUAACAUUCUUUGCUGCGGGAGGGGCUACAACACCAUCAAAACGGUCGUGAAAGAGAGGUGUCAGUGUAAAUUUAAAUGGUGUUGUGAGGUACAGUGUAAGACUUGUGUAACCUCUUUGGAUACUUACACGUGCAAGUGAAGGAUUUUAGAGCAGGGGUAGAGCUGUAAGUUUGUAAUAAAAUAAACAUACAAAUAAUGAGGUUCUUAAAAGUUUAAUAUUGGAAUUUAAACUACAGUGUAAGCGAAAAGAGCAUUUUCAAGCGGUACAGGCUACUUCUGAUUUUACAUGUAGCCAAUUAUUCUCUUCUUUUUCGCGCCUUUUUUUUUAAAUAAUAGACGAAACUCAAGCCUGAACCAGUGACGUCAAAUAAACUGUAUUUAAGUACAGUGAGAAAUUAUGUAUAUAUUUAUUUCAAGUAGGCGUAUAUGUUGUGACGUUUUAUGCAGUUCUCUCAACUCACAAAUAAUCAACUACUCUGGCAUAAAUGUUUUAAAAUUUGAAAUCUUUUGACGCAAAGAUGACAAUUGACAGGUGGCAUUUGUCGUAGACACAUUACCAAUUUGACAGUUUUUUCAACGAACUUUUUGAUAAAAACGUGACAGUUGACAAGAAUGACAGGUCUCAAAAAUAAACAAUAUAUUUUCUUCUUACCAAAAUUUAUUAGAUGCCUAAUUAACAUUUUGACCAUUAAAAACUGUGAGGCAAAAGUGAUAAAUGACAGUUGACAAGAUUACAGGUUAACAAACAAACAAGAAAUUUUCUAAUGCAAAAUUAUCACUUGACAUUUGACAAUAAAAAAAAAGUGUCACCUUGCGCGAUGACACUUUUUUCUCUUGACUAUCUAUUUUAGUUUUGUUCUAAAAUGGCACUCAUUUAACAUUUUGAUAAAAAACACCCUUUUUGUGUAAGAAUUCUUUCUUAUGUAGGACAAUAUUGACCUUUCGUAUCUUAUGAAGCAAAAAUGACAGUUGACAGGAGCGACAUUUAUCGUAGACACUUUACCAGUCUGACAGUUUUGUUAACGAACUUUUGGAUCGGAACGUGACAAUUGACAAGAAUGACAAAUCUCACAAAUAAACAAUCUAUUUUAAUUUUUUCUUACCAAAAUUUAUUAGGUGAGUGUUCUUGUGUCAAAAAUUUAUUUUUCCUUAUGAAGGGCAAUUUUGGACCCAUCGUAUCUUUUGUAAGCGAACUUUCUGAGGCAAAAGUGACAAUUGACAGAAGUAACAAAUGACAAUUUAACAGAAGAUUGAUAGGUUAACAAAGAAACAAACAAUCUAUUCUAUUUCUGCUUUUUUAUCAAGAUGCCGCUUAUUGAGCAAUAUGACAAUUAGAACUGCCAUUUUUGUGGGAGAAAUGGUAAAAAUGGCACAUAUUUAUCAGUCAGACUGGUCGCAAAAAUGACAGUUGACUGACGUGACAAAUGUCACUGACAUGACUCAGACAAACCAAUUAAAACAAUUUAAAUUAUGCCUAUCCGACAUAGUGACAGUUAGAACUGCCAUUUUUAUUUUAAAAGUUGUUUUUCCUUACUAAGAAUAUAAUUAAGUAGAUUAUUUAUUCUCAUGAUUCCUUAAUCAAGCCUGUUUACCAUUUUGAUGGUAAGACUUUUUGUAAACGAGCUUCCUUCCGCAAAAGUGUUUAUUAGCCAAAAAAAAAACGAAUACAAUACAUGUUUACAAAAACGAAACAGUAGUAGCCGAAAGUAUGCAAAUUGACAGGAGUGUUAUAGAACAACUGUCUAUUUCAGUUUUUAAUCAAAAUGGCAAGUGCUAAGUAAUAUCAAGAGCAAAUUACUUAGCACUUUUUGAAAUCGAACCUUUUGAUGCAAAAAUUACAGCUGAAAAAUGAUAUUUGUCACAGAAAAACUGGCUAUUUUGAAUGUUUGUUUACCAAGAUGGCGCCUGUUUGCCAUUUUUGACAGCAAUGACCCCUUCUUUUUACUGGUCACUCCCAAUUUUGCAAAUUAUUUUAUAUGUGAGCAAGGGGAUGAGACAUUUAAGAUAGAGACCGUCUAUUGAUUAAUAAGACGGCGCCAUUUUAUUAACAUUUUGACACGUUCUCAAAAUAGGAAGUCUGACGCACAAAUAUCAGCUGAUAAAAGUGAGACUGUCCGAGGCGUUUUUUUAAAGAUGGCGCUAAUUUACAUUUUGACAAUUGAAUGAACUGUCAAUUUUGUGUAUAAAAAAUCCUUUUUUAAUUAUCUUACGUUUGUAAAAAUGUAUCUUAAGUCCAUAUAAUUUACAUUAUACGUAUGGAGAAUAUAAUGCAGUAUUAUAAUAAUAGACACUUCUCGGUCAUAGAUGCGAAUUGGUCAAUAGCGUGAAUGACAAAGCAUAUAUACCAUUCUUCAAGUCUUUGACCGAUACUAAGAAUAAAAUGACGUACUUUAAUUAUUUAGGUUUAGGCAUCUUAGAUAUGUGAUCAAAGAUCUGGUUUGUUUUGUUAAAAUUGUUUUUUAUUUAUUUAUAUAAAAAAGACAUUAUCGUAUUUAUUUUACGUGUAAGCAUAUGAUUUAUUAGUAAUAAUACAACAUAGGUACUAGUUUUGCUAUUGUAAAUUAUGAUGCAUAUAGUUUUAAGAUUUUUACGGUGAAUUACAUUAAUAAUC